AUGUUCUCUGUCGGCGAGAGGAAGACACGCUACCCUGGGGAGGUCUCUGAGACGUUUGGUUCAUUCGCCUUCUUCGCCCUCCCGCGGCGCUCGGAUGCGCAUGCACCCCUCACGAACCUCAUCCGGGAUUUCUGGGCCUCCUUCGCAUGCACGGGCAAUCCUAACCAUCAUAUACCUACCUCUCCCCGCGCGGCUUCAAUCCCGUCCCUCCCAAUCGCACACGACUGGACGUGGCCGCGCUUCGACCUCGUAUGGUCUUCGCAGCCAGAAAGCGGUGAGGGAGAAGUGCUUGGGAGGGGAGAGAGAGGCGUUGCGGCGCUUGAUUGGCCGAUGCUCGGGAGAGAGGGGUUGCCGGUUGUGCAGAGGUGUGAGGUUGUGUUGGGCGAUGAACUAGUUAUGUAG